AUGUGCUUCUUCUGCCCAGACACGCCGCCCGACAAGGUCCAGGCCCUGGGCAAGGGCGGCCUGGGCACCCGCGGCCAGGCCAACGAGCACAUGCUCGGCCACGCCAAUGACCCGCACCAGUUUGCGAUCGGCAUGAAGCACGUGUGCCAGGCGGAGCCGGGCUGCUGCAUCCUCUCGGGGAUCGGCGCGCCGUGCGGCCUCACCGCCUGCUGGGCGCGCAAGGCCGUGCUCGAAAAGUACGAGCAGAACGGGCUCGACGACUUUGUGUGCUUCCAGCGCUACAUCCCCAAGUGCUGCUGCAUCGACUUCACCAACCA